CCUGGGAAUCCCCAGCAGCCUUGCGCGGAGGGGCGGAGCUUCUUGAGGCAGGAGGCCCGGUGCCUUAGCAGUUGGCGGAGCUUGCGGCUUAGCAGCGGGCCCGGAGGAGAGGCUGCAGCGGCCAUGGAGGCUCCGGACGACCAUGUGGACGGCGCGGACGGCACGGACGGCGCGGGGGCCAUGCGGGCCCCGGACGACGGCGCCCAUGAUGCGGCGGGCGGUGCUGGCUCGCCCAGUGGCCCCGGGGAGCCUGGAGGCCCUGGUGGCACCGAAGCGCCGGGCACCGAGGCUGGGGAAGCUCCCCAGCUCAAGGGGGCAUCGUCUGCUCCAGGGCACAGCGAGGAGGAUUCGGCCUUGGCCUCUGGGGAAGCCUCAGAAAAAAAGCAAGUGCUGGAAUUUGCCCUCACGGUGCCUUUCCUGUGCUACAUGGAUGCGGAACUGGCCUACCAGUACCUAACCUCAAGUGCCGAAUUCUACCAUGAGGCGAUUCACACGGAGCUCAGGGUUGUUGGCAGUGACCUGUUUAUCCGCCUGACUGCCGAGGACCCUGUUCUCCUGCAGAUCUCCACCGCCUACUUGCUCAACCAGCUUUCCAUAGUGGUGCAGACCAUGCAGCACUUUGUGCCUGGCUGUUUUUCUAGGCCUCGGCCUGGAAAAGGGGGCUGAGGCCACGACAGUAUCGGGUAGUAGGCCAUGUGCCCUUCCUCGGGGGCACGACUUCUGCGGUAGUUGCCAUUUUAUUUCUGGGGCCGAAUUGUUUGCCUGUACUGCCCCUUGGGUACUCUGUGUCCACUUGUUUUGAUUGUUGCUUAAAUAAUACAGUAAUAAAGCUGAGCUAAUGUUUUGCA